AUGCUCAAAUUGCCGACACUGUCGAGCCGGGUCGCCUACAGUCCCCUAGUGCCAUCCCCACUAAACCCAGACGUCAACGUUGGCGUCGCACCGCAGCGGGACCAGAGGUUGCGUGAGAAAAGGCGACAGCAGAAUCGCGGGGAUGUGAGCCCGACUCAAAGACUGCUCCGUCACAAGGCCGCCAUGGCGUGGAAGUCGGAGGCCCUGACUCGAGAGAGUAGGAUCUACACACGAGAGGAGAUUCUCAGCAUCAUCGCCGAGUGCGAUAUCCAAGACGCCGCCGCGAGGAGUGCUGUCAUCAUGCCUAGCUCUGACCUACAAGAGAAGAAGCAGCCACUCGUGCACAUCCGAGCAGCGCACUGGAAGGAGCACGAUGGCGAGGAGGACGACUUCUUUAGCGAAAUGGAAGAUCUCGUCGACCCGGAAUUAUCAGACGAGAACCCCCGGCAAUGGCCCACACUCGUCCCAAAGCUUCGCAGUCCCUUCUCCAAAGACACGGCAAGACGGGUCGGCCUGGCCAUUGGGCUAAUGUGCAUCUGUGGAUGCCUGCCGGUGCUCCGGGCACAUGGCUUCCACAUAUACCAGGCUUCUGAGGCACCAUAG